UGUUCAUAUGAAGUUUUCGGUCACAUCAGGGUCCAGGCCUGUACUAUGUGGAUGAUAAUGGCACACGUCUCUCCGGCCGGAUGUUCUCCACUGGCUGUGGGAAACAGUUUCAUGCGUAUGGUGUCAUAGACAGCGGUUAUCGUGAGGAUAUGACUGUGGAGGAGGCGUAUGAGCUGGGCCGGCGUGGUAUUGCUCAUGCCACCACACAGAGACAGCUUACCUCCGGUGGCGUGGUCAACCUGUACCACAUGCAGGAGGACGGCUGGAUCAAGGUGUGUAAGGAGGACGUGUCAGAGUUAAUCCACCGCUAUAAGAAGGGAAUGUUCUGAUCUGACCUCUCAUUUAUCUGACAGUGAAAAAUUAAACUGUUAUCAAAUCAAAGACGCUUUUGGUGCAUUCUUUAUUAUAUAUUUGAACUGUAUUUUCUGUGCUUAUUCUACCCAUUUUUGUAUGUGGUUCCAACUGGGUUAUUCUCUGGGAACUGUGCAGUUUGAAAAGAGUAUUGCUGAACCUUCAUGAAAUCCAUAGGCAGUGAGUGCAUCAUCCCCAAUAUUCAGAUUAAUGGUGAAUACAUAAGGGAUGCACAGCUUUUGUUUUUUUUAUAGACCAUGAACUAAUAUUUUAAUUUCAAUAAAAGCUAACUUUGAAGGGAAACUAUUCUGCCCCUUUUUUUUACAAGAUGUAAUUUUAGUCUCAGGUGUCCCCAGAAUUUGUCUGUGAAGUUUCAGCUCAAAAUACCCCACAAAUCAUUUAUUAUACCAUUUUGAAAUGCCUAUUUUGCGUGAAAGCAGACAGAAAAAAAGAGUGCGCACAAAGCAGCUGUCACUCAGCAUAUCAAUACUAAACUAAGUUCUCUUUCAUGUCUUAUUGCACUCAAACUGUAAAAUAUAGACAAGGUUAUACAAAAAACACACAUCAUUUACAUAAACACAGUCA